AUGAAAUCUCUCAUGGUUAUGAGGAAAAGAGACGUAUAUAAUGGAGAAGAAGAGCUGAGUAACGUUCUUAUGCUUUGCGCAGGGCACGUCAAGAAAAGAAUAAUGGAAGAAGAGUAUGAGAGUCGUCGAGUGAGGAGAUGGGAAGAGCUAGACACUGACAUCUUAGUGAGAAUCUUCCAGAAGUUCAGCGUCUUUGAGCUCAUCUCCGGGUUAGCUCACGUUUGUCGAGGGUGGAGAGCUGCUUGUUGCGAUCCCAUCUUGUGGAAGACGCUUGAUCUCUCUCACAUGAGAUCAUCUUUCAUCAAGAUCCCACUCGAGCCUUACGUCUACGUGGAAAGCAGAUCCGACGAGAGCCUCACAAGGAUCCUGAAACUCUCCAUGAACCUUAGCGGAGGAAACACGAGGACCUUGAUCUUCCAUUUCAACUUGUUCUUGAGCGAUGAUCAGCUUACGUACACCGCAGAAAGGUGUCCAGGGCUGAGACGAGUCGUGCUUCCUGCUUGGAACAGGAUAAAGAAGACUGGGAUAUGUAAAGCGAUAAGGAUCUGGAAAGAUCUCGAGUCACUGACGAUGCCGAGCAUCGCAAACCCGCCUUACCUCUUAACGGAGAUCGCCAAGAACUGCAAGAACUUCAAGGAGCUCAAGAUCAUGGGUCCGUUCGAGAUCUUCUUUGCGAGCACGCUCAUCACUUGUCUCCCGAACCUCAAAUCCCUCAGCCUUAGGUGCUCUGCGAUCAAACGGGAAGCCCUACUGAAAGUGCUUGACGGGUUGCCGGAACUCGAAGUGCUCAACAUCUCUCACUCUCACCUCGUGGAGUACAGUAGGUGGCAUCCGAACCAGAAAGUGGUUGUGAGAGAGCUCGAUGAGACGAUAAUGGAGAAAGCCUCGAGGCUCAAGAGGUUCUUGACGUGUAUGGAGCAUAAGACGUGUGUGAUGUGUCAGAGGACUGAGAACGAUGAAGGGAUUGUGAGAUGGUACAAGUAUGAGGAAGACGAGUGGAAAGUUGAUGAAAGUGAUAACUCUAAGAUCACGAACCAUCUUGACACGAGUAGAAAUAAGUAA